AGGGCGUGAGUAUCCGUCUAUCUUACUUUAUAUAUCCACCAACUGUGUCCACCUCAACUCGCAUUCAAAAAGCCGUUGGGAUCCUUCUUCUUUCUGAUCAUUCGAAACUGUCAAUUGUCCAGCUACACGUUUAACUCACAACAAUGGCACCCAAACAACCCAUCACCUCCGAAAAGGGCAUCAAGUCUCCUUUGUUCAGUCAAGCCAUCGUCCACAAUGGAACUGUCUACUGCUCUGGAAACGUCGGUAUUGACCCGUCAACCAUGAAGGUCGUUGAAGGCUCUGUGGCAGACCGAACGACACAAGUCUUCGAGAACAUCAAGAAUGUCCUCGAGGAGGCCGGAAGCAGUCUCCAAAACAUCGUCAAGAUGAACAUCUACUUGACGGAUAUGGCCGACUAUGCUGCUAUGAACAACGUCUUCCUCGCAACCAUCCCGGAUCCCAAGCCAGCACGUACCUGCGUCUGCGUCAAGGAACUCCCAGGCAAGACCGAUGUCGAGAUUGAAGUCAUCGCACAUCUGUGAGGGAAUGAGGAAUCGGCGUCCAAGCUCUAGAACAAAAGUGCCACCACUAUCAUGUCUCUGGUCGUUCGGAACUUUUAAGAAAGGCUCUCCAAUGAGUCUUGCCAACUCUUUGCUUGAAGACGAGUCUACAAAAGCAACGGUAGCGGCACAAUCAACAACAAUGACAAAAUAUAUGCUUAUCAACGCAAA